UUCCGACCAACGCGGAAGUUACAUCCUAUAUCCCUGUGAAUGUACUUGCACUUUGGUGUAUCGUUUAAUUGAACUUGUCUUUCAGCAGGACUCGUAUUACAUCGUCAGGAAACACAAACGGUGUGCUAUUGAGGCAGCAGGCAUGUCGUCCAGUGGAGCUGUUUUGCUGCGGGCAGUGGAGGUGCCGCUCUUCUGGCUCGGUGCUGUGACCGCGGCCUGGCUGUCGCUGUGCUCCGUGUACCGGCUGCUGGUCGGGAUUAAGGUGUGGGUGCUGGGCAACGGACUGCUUGUGUCACCCGCUAAACUUGGCAAAUGGGCAGUUGUGACGGGAGCAACAGAUGGGAUCGGCAAAGCUUAUGCAGAGGAGCUGGCACGCAGAGGCUUUUCCAUUGUGCUGAUUAGUCGGUCUCAAGAGAAGCUGGAUGAAGUAUCCAAAGCAAUUGAGAGCAAAUGUGGUGUGGAGACAAAAACCAUUGCAGCAGACUUCAGUUUAGUAAAUAUAUAUUCCACUAUUGAAGAUGGACUUGCAGGACUUGAGAUCGGAGUAUUGGUGAACAAUGUUGGGAUUUCCUAUUCUUACCCUGAAUUCUUCCUCAACGUUCCCAAUCUGGAUACUUUCAUUGAUACGCUGGUUAAUGUCAACAUAACAUCAGUGUGCCAGAUGACACGACUUGUUUUGCCUCAGAUGGCUGAGAGGAAGAAGGGCGCCAUACUCAACAUCUCUUCUGCAAGUGGCAUGUACCCUGUUCCUCUGCUCACCAUCUACUCUGCAUCCAAGGCAUUUGUGGACUUCUUCUCACGAGGGUUACAAGCUGAGUACAAGAGCAAAGGGAUCAUCAUCCAGAGUGUUCUGCCUUUUUUCGUGGCAACAAAGCUAAGUAAAAUCCGGAGGGCCACGCUGGACAAGCCGAGUCCAGAGCGUUACGUCGCCGCUGAGCUCAACACUGUGGGCCUCCAGACGCAAACCAAUGGCUACCUGCCUCAUGCCAUCAUGGGCUGGGUGAGUACAUCUCUGCUCCCUGCCAGCAUUCUCAGCAGACACAUGAUGGGAGUGGCUUUGUCCCAGCGUGCUCGUUACCUCAAAAAGCAGAAGCAGGGCUAGCUCAACGGCGGCCGUGAGCGGGCCAGCUGUGCUCAUGCCAUGUCUGACUACCAUCGUCGUCAUCAUCAGUGUGGACCACGAAGAGGAAAAGCUGACAGUUGCUGAGGAGCAAAUCACUUCCCCUGCCUUCAGAAAGUGCAAGUCAUAGAUGAUGCAAGGCAGCAUUUGGCCUCCAUCACUGUCCAUUAGUCUUCCACUUUAAUCUACCAAUUGAAAAUCCUCUCAAUUUAUAUCGCACUGCUAUAUUACCAUACAUUUAACCAUAAUCCUGUCAACUAAUAAGGACAGAAUAUAAAGAAACGGAACUUUCAGCUGUGUUAAAAAUAUUUUGGUCUCCAAUGUCUUCAUGCUGUGGUUCUGGUGAACAAUGCUUUUAAAGAUCUGCCACUUAUUUCCACUGAUAAUUCUGUUUUCAUAAUGAAUGUCUCAGUACAUUUCACAGACUAAAAUAUUUUUUAUGGUUAUGAACUGACCUUACUCUGUGGGACUAUUUCCUGUGCUUAAAUGUGGUGUUUAACCAAACUUGGUGUUUAUCUGACAAACCAAUGAAUGCGCAUAUUUUUGGGAAAAUGUGUGCUAACGUUGUCACUCAACACGUGCCCAAUCUGAGGGCCAAUGUAAGAGCUUUAUCUCAAUUUCGGUCCUUAUUAAACAACUCUCAAUAUGGUUGUAUAGUUGUAAUCCACAUUAAGUAGCUUAAUAAACACUUUCAAAUGUA